GCGGCCCCCGGGCCCGGGUCGGGGCGCGGCGCGGGCGGCAGCAUGGUGGAGAAGCGCUGCCCGCUGCAGAGGGACGGCGUGUACCGCUGGUUCUCGGAGCUGCCGUCGCCGCAGCGCGUGGAGUUCCUGUGCGGCCUGCUGGACCUGUGCAUCCCGCUCGAGCUGCGCUUCCUCGGCUCGUGCCUCGAGGACCUGGCGCGCAAGGACUACCACUCGCUGCGCGACUCGGAGAUCAAGGCCAACAACCCGGCCGACCUGGGCAGCCUCACCAACCUGACGGACGAGGUGGUGCGCAGCAAGCUGCUGGUGUCGCUGGCGCUGCUGGGCUCGGAGCAGCGCGAGGCGGCGGGCGUGCUCUACCGCACGCUCACGCACAUCGACUCCAUCAUCCACAACUACGGGCUGCAGCUCAACGAGGGCCGCACGGGCGAUGAGUUCCUGCUGCUCUUCACCAUGGCCUCCAACCACCCGGCCUUCAGCUUCCACCAGAAGCAGGUGUUGCGCCAGGAGCUCACGCAGAUCCAGAGCAGCCUGAGCGGCGGCGGCGGCGGCGGCGGCAGCGGCGGGGGUCCCGGGGGCAAGAGCGCGCCCGGGCCCGGCGGCGCGCUGCCCACCUGCCCGGCCUGCCACAAGAUCGCUCCCAGAACCGAGACCCCGGUCCACAGUGUCAGUAACAGUCUGGAGAACGCUCUGCACACAUCAGCACAUUCCACGGAGGAGUCAUUACCCAAGAGGCCUUUGGGGAAGCACGGCAAAGCAAGCGUUGAAAAGAUAGACCUGAAGGGAUUGUCGCACGCAAAACACGACAGGAGCGCUGAGUGUGCCUUUGAGGUCUUGUGGUCUGAUUCUUCAAUAACAUCAGUAACCAAACCUUCCUCAGAAGUGACUGAAUUUAUUUCAAAGUUAUCUCAGCUGUGCCCCGAAGACAAUGUGGACAAGCUCAUCCCUUGCUUGGCUGGCCCAGACUCCUUCUAUGUGGAGCGAAACCACGUGGAUCUGGAAGCAGGCCUGAGAUACCUGGCUUCGUUGCCUUCUCACAUACUAAAACACGACCAUGUCAAGAAGUUCUUCAGCACUUCAUCUCCCACCCCGCAGCUUCAGAGUCCAAAUCCUGGCAACCCCUCCCUUCCUAAAGUAGGCGCCAUGAUGGGUGUGUCUGGAAGACCCGUGUGUGGAGUGGCUGGUAUCCCAUCCUCCCAGAGCAGCACCCAGCACCACCUCCAGCACUCGGCCAGUGUGGCCGCCUUGCCUCACUGCUCCCAUGCCGGGGGUGCAGGCUCACCACUAGCCUACCGGACCCAGGGGGAUGCUUCGCCGGCCAUCCUGAUGGCCCCCAGUCUGCAGGCCCCUCAGCCCCAGGAGCAAAAUGGGAUCUUGGACUGGCUUCGGAAGCUGCGUUUGCACAAGUAUUACCCUGUCUUUAAACAGCUCACCAUGGAGAAGUUUUUGAGCCUUACUGAAGAAGAUCUGAAUAAGUUUGAGUCCCUUACCAUGGGAGCAAAGAAGAAACUCAAGACUCAGCUGGAGCUGGAAAAGGAGAAGUCAGAGAGACGGUGCCUGAACUCAGCCCCUUCCUUGGUCACCAGCAGUGGAGUGGCCCGAGUCCCCCCCACCAGCCACGUGGGGCCUGUUCAGCCUGGGCGCGGCAGCCAUGCGGCCGAGCUGCGGGUGGAGGUGGAGCCGCCCCCUCGCCAGAUGCCCCGGGAAGGCAGCUCCUCAGAGUACUCCAGCUCCUCCUCCAGCCCCAUGGGUGCACAGGCGCGCGAGGAGAGCUCCGACAGCGCGGAGGAGAACGACAGACGUGUGGAUGUGCACACAGAGGGCUCCGACAAGGAGAAACCUGUGGUGCUACUGAGUCACUUCUCUUCGAGCUCCGCCAGACCCACGGCCCAGGUUCUGCCUGUGCAGAAUGAGGCCGGCUCCAGCCCAGUGGGUCACCACCCCCUGCCCCCCCAACUGAUGCCCACAGCCUCCCACCUGGCACCCGUUCGGAUGCUCAGCUCCGUGCACAAGCCGGACAGAGGUGGCACGGAUGUGAAACUCCUCUCAUCUUCUGUGCACUCGCUUCUGUCCCUGGAAGAAAGGAACAAGGGGCCUGGCCCCAGGAGCAGCACUAAAGUGGACAAGAGCUUCGGUGGGGCUGUGCUGGACACGCUGCCCUCGGCAGCACCUCACCCACCUGUGCAGGUCCUCUCGGGACUCACGGAGAACAGCUCUGUGUCGCCCACAGUCUCCUUUGGUCCCCGGGCCAAAGUUGUGCAUGCUACCACGCUGGACAGGGUGCUGAAGACAGCACAGCAGCCGACUCUGGCAGUGGAGACCAGCUCGGCCGCCACAGGGACACCGAGCACUGUUCUGCACGUGGCCCGGCCCCCCAUCAAGCUGCUGCUGUCAUCCUCCGUCCCUGCUGACACGGCGGUCUCUGGGCAGACCUGCCCCAGCAGCGCGCAGAUCAGCGUGGCUCCGGCGAUGAUCAGCCCCCGGGCGGCUCUCUACACCAACACCAAAGUUGCCUUCUCCGCAGUGAGCAGCGUGCCCGUGGGCCCCCUGCAGGGCAGCUUCUGCGCCAGCAGCAACACUGCCUCCCCCAGCAGCCAUCCGUCCACAUCCUUUGCAAGCAUGGCCACGCUGCCCAGCUGCCCGGCCCCCAGUAGCAGCCCCGCACUCUCCUCUGUCCCCGAAAGCAGUUUUUACAGUGGUGGCGGCGGUGGCUCCACAGGAAACCUUCCUGCCUCAAGUCAAAGCCACCACCACCACCACCACCAUCAGCAGCCCCCGGCGCCCCCACAGCCCGCGCCGCCUCCGCCCGGCUGCAUCGUGUGCGCUUCCUGUGGGUGCAGCGGCAGCUGUGGCUCCAGUGGCCUGACUGUCAGCUACGCCAACUACUUCCAGCACCCCUUCUCCGGGCCGUCCAUGUUUACCUUCCCCUUCCUUCCCUUUAGCCCCAUGUGCAGCAACGGCUAUGUCAGCACACAGCAGUAUGGCGGCAGCUCCACCUUCCCUGUCGUGCAUGCCCCCUAUGGUGGCAGCGUGACUCCAGACCCCGUCCUGGGCGGGCAGUCCACAUUUGCAGUGCCACCAAUGCAGAAUUUCAUGGCUGGGACAGCAGGGGUGUACCAAACCCAAGGUGUGGUGAGCAGUAGCAACGGGUCCAGCCACAAAAAGAGUGGGAAUCUGUCUUGUUACAACUGUGGGGCCACUGGUCACCGUGCUCAGGACUGCAAGCAGCCAUCCAUGGACUUCAACCGGCAAGGUACUUUUAGGUUGAAAUAUGCCCCUCCAGCAGAAAGUCUGGACUCCACAGACUGAUAUUUUUCUCUGGCACAGAGCAUUAUUAAGCCAUGGAGACAUGGAAAAUUAAAACAGCUGAGAAGUCCGGUUGCUGUUGCGCUUAAUGUUUUAAUCCAAAGGUGCUUUACUUCCUAUACUGGGUAGAAAAUCUAGCGUACAAGUGCAUCAAACUCAAUUUUAUUGCCAAAAUCCUAGACUGGAGCGCGCUGUCAGGACCUGCUUGGGGCCUCUCCACGGCUGGUGGCCUGGCCGCUGACACCUAGGUCGCAGUGUGGAGGCCUCCGCCUCCUGAAGAGCGUCACCUCGCUGGUCCUUAUAGGCUCACACAUAAUUCCAGGCAGCUACGUGCGAUCUGAAUGGAGACCGAUGGUCGGAGGUCCCAGGCAGAUUUCUGCAGCCCCGGGCUAGGGAGAUGCCAGCUGUGCUGUGUUUUGUUUGUUAUUCCUCACGUGACUUGGCCCUCAUCUCUGGGACUUUUAAGGCUUGCACUACAGAAGAAGGUACCCGGUGUCCAUCUGCAGAGUGGGGGUCGGGCUCCUCGGAGAGCAGCUGAGGCUCCAGAGGCGGCGCCAGCAGCUGCAACUGUGUGUCCUUCCCUCCUUCAGACACUUGUAGCAGUUCCAGGUUUUUAAUUUUUUUCCUGCAAAUAAAUUUAAACUCCAUUAAUAAAUAGGAAUAGUUCACUCAACAACUUCACUUCCAGGGUCCAAGUCCCAGGGAAUCCAGUCACUAAGACUUGACCGUUCCUCUUGCCCUCCGGUGGCUUUGAGCCUGCUCUGCCCACGUGCAGGACACGGACCGACUCGGCUCCGUGAGUUGGCUAUGACUGAUGUGACUCGUCCUUAGGGAAGCUGGCAAGUUGUUGUGUCCCACACGGGCUCCCCAAGGACCCCAGACCUGGCCGGGGCUGACUGCCGACGGAUCCACACUUGAGACGACAUUUCAACGAGAAUACAGCCCUGCAGUUCAUGAGCGAAACAUUGCAACUCUCUCCUGUCAGCGUUUUGUGGCGCCUGUGUAUCGAUCGCUAGUUCCGUUUAAACGUGCCUGGAGAGCGUCAGGAGAAAGCGGCAGCUCGGAGGAGGCGCUCCGCAGAUGUGGCCCGGGCAGGGCCAGGCCUCGGUGGAAAUCAGCCUUGGCUGGGGCGCUCUGCAUUUCACCCACUGGAUCAAAAGCAUUUUGGUGAGAAACUUAGGGACUUCAGUCUUCAAGGUUAAAGGGAAUUUUCUGCUCAAAUAAUAACAUUAUCUAAAAUACUAAAGCCUUCAAUGUUCAAAUACUGUUUGGUAAGGUCUUGCCAGGGAUUUUCCUUUGGAAUAUUUAUGAAGAAAAAAAUCACAACAUUGAGACCAUUCUUAAAACAGACAAUCAGCCUUGUGCAAAAUUGGUGUAAAUCAGAAGAAUACCCUAGAACCGGAGGCGUUGUGUACACGGCUUCAGACUUUGUGAGCAAUUUCCUGACGUGCGGAAACUCAAGCGGACAGUUGUCACUUUUUAUGAGAGGCUUCGGGAGCUCGGUAGUUUUGGGGUAGUUUCAUUUCUAUGCAAUGCAGGCUCGGCAGGCCCGUGUGUUCUUCUCUUUGACGGCCCAGUGUUUCGCAGCUCUGAAGUGACGGCGAUACGCACAGCUGUUAGGGUGUCACGCUGACCUCUUAGUUUUAGACACUACAAGACGUCAGAUGACAGAACUGACACAACCUUGCCUUAAAGAGCACCAGACUGGAAUUGGUCACACGAUGCUAAUAAGGAAGACUGGAGUGUUCACUGAUGUUUACGAUUUUAAUAUUUCCGAGGCCCUUACAGUGGCCCGGAUAUGUGCUGAAAGCCAAACUUUUAAAUUUUUUGGUUUUUUUAAACAAAGAAAUAUUUUAAAUAAAUCCUAUUUCAACACAGUGAAAUUGUUGGAAACUGUCUCAUAGCAAAAGAAAAAAAUCAUACUUAACGUUUUUGUUUUCGUGGUCAGUAUAGGGAAAUGAAGGUGUCUUUUGUUACCCUUAUAACUUUUGAUAAAUAUUAGAGGUUAACCAUAAACACAAGGAAAGUUUAAAACAGAAACUUCAUUCGAAGUAUGCCAUUCAAGAGUUGAGGUGAAUAUGUCCUGACACUGUUACGGCUGUGUUCCAGUCACCGGGAAGUAAGUGCUUAUGCCGUGUGACAUCUCUGAUGAGGCUGUCAGGAACUGAGACUUAAAUGUGGGUAUGCCACCGGUCCACGCGGUCUCUGAGUGAAUCCCACACUUGGACUUGAGGAUAUUUGCCAGCAGUAUUAUCUCUGAUGAAAAGGUCUCUUCAAAAGCAACCAAAGUCAGCAAGCCUGGAGAGCACUUUGAACUUCAGCCGACUCCUGUGGUCACCACCACCAAGCAGGCCGGCCGUUCUGGCCAUUUUCCUGAGACUGCUGCAGGUGCACAGUGCUGUGGCAACCAGGCGGGGCGGCCCUGGCCAGGGCUUUGCUCCGUGGAGUCGGCCGUGCGUUCAAGUUUCUAACCCUGUGUUUUUAUCUCCAGGAAUGGGGACGGUGGAAUGUACAGAUCAAAGUAGAACACAAUGUUGGGAUAAAACAACUAUUUUACCUUUGUUUGUUUUUUAAGCAAAAUACUCAUUUUCUACCUUAUUUUCUAAUUUUUGUUUCACGGUAAUACUGAAAAUUGGAAAGUGUUUAACAUAAAGCUCCUAGUUGCUGCUGAAGAGGAGACGGGAGCUAGCACUCACAAUGACAAUAAAGACUCGUUAUUUUCUUGAAUGCACAUUACGAUUGGUUGUUAAAAACCAGCAUCUCCCUCACCUCCCCAAGUGACGGGAGGGCGCUUGUCUGUACUGGUAGGCCGUAGGCGCCGUACUCUCAAUUCCGUUUAGUUCUAGGUCCCUCACUCUAAGUCAGCCUAGUCUGUACCACACGCUGAGUGCCAAGGUGGCCAAGGCGGCAUUCAUUACCCUCGCCUAACGUCCUGCGCUGUGACGCUCCCUGUGAGCACUGGCCAGCUUAGGCUUCUACUCCGCCCCACCCCCCCCCACGCAGUGACACUCGCACCCAGUGGGAACUGGGUCACACCCUCGCUCGGUCCCUUCAGGUCUCUCUUCCUGCUUCCUGAUGUUUGGUCUGAUGCCUUGCCAGGAUUACAUCCUAGUGAGUGGCGGCUCUACCUGCUGAAGCCUUACAGGUUGUAAGGGAAACUGUCCCCCUGCCCAGCCUCGUCCCCGAGGAUGGUCCCAUGGAACUGAGCAGGGUCAGCUGUCCUCUCCAAGCUCCCGAAGGUCAGGUCAGGUGGCACUGGAAGAGGCUGGACUGUUGAGCAGGCCCAAGGUCUGAGUGAAAGUGGGCAUCUUUAAUCAACACUCGCAAUAUUCUAGAAAACCAUAUACUGUGCUGGUGGAGGCCAAAGGUCCAGGUCACUGACAAACAAGGGGGCAGUGGCCCCAGUCCCCUCUCUGGCCUCUCAUGGGCUAUGGGGAGCCCUCGGCAUGGUCAGUUCUUAAUAUGCACAUGGCUGAGGCGUUGGUACUGAGACUGAAAGCCUUCACAGCUUCUAUCGGGCAUAUUUUCUUUUUAGGAAUGAAGGAAAAUUCUCCCCAUUUUUGAGCCAUUCUUCUUUUGUCAAUUCUACAAAAUUGCAUGUAACUUUAUAAAUAUUUUUAAAAGAUAUAGUUUUGUAAAUAUUUAAUAUUCUGCUAAUUUGAUUUUGAAUUGUAAAUGUCAAGUAUUCUGU